CUCAUGGAUUACCUUUGUGUAGUCAACGCCGGUUCCGACUGACAGAAGAGCCUCGGCAUCUCGAUCCAUGGUCACGCCCACUUCGAAUGCGCAUGUCCGCUGUGAGAUAUGGCAACGAUAACAGAUAAGGCUGCUGGCUUUGCACUCCUUGCCUUCAGUAGCUUGCUGUUUGUAUACUAUUCCAUAUGGGUUCUCAUCCUGCCAUUUGUAGAUAUCAAUCACAGCAUACAUCAACUGUUUCUUCCAAGAGAAUAUGCUGUUAUCCUUCCUCUCACAGCUGGCACUUUGCUUCUCGUCAUCAUUGGAGUGUUUGUAGCUAUUGUGACAAUAUCUAAUCGAAAACCGACUGUACAAGUGAAGAAAGAAUCGUGAACAGACACCUUGACUGUAUGACUGAUUUAAUGCAUGAAAGAACCUGUCUGUUUGUCUGUACACAUUCAAUGACCACAGACGUAUACUGUAUAAGAAACAAAACAUGCGUCUAACUACUUGUUAUGGCACAGGCUGUACAGCAAUACCACUGAUUGUAUGGCUACAGUACACGCAGUUCAA